AACCAUGGGCAUUAAAGGUUUGCAGGGAUUUGUGACAAACGUUUGCCCUGAUGCAUGCGUAAGGGUAAAUCUGAAAGAGCUGGCAGAAAGACACCGCGCCAAUCAUCCUGAUUUCCCUCCUGUUAUUGUAGUAGAUGCCAUGAGUUGUGUUAGACACUGGUACACACCAGAAUCUUGGGUGUGUGGGGGCCAGUGGCAGGAGUAUCUUGCUAACUUAGAGAAUUUUAUUGAGGCUUUUAAGGCAGCUGGUAUCAAGUUGGUAUUCUACUUUGAUGGUGUGGUAGAAGAGAAAAAGAGGGAUGAGUGGAUCAAAAGGAGGGUGCAGAACAGAAAGGAAAUAUCCAGACUAUUUCAGUUUAUCAAAACUCAUAGGAAACAACCAGGCAGAGAAAUGUUUGUUAUUCCUUCCGCUUUACCUACUUUUACACGUUAUGCCCUAAAGUCACUCGGCCAAAAAACAGUAUGCACCUUGCAAGAGGCAGACUUUGAGGUGGCUGCUUAYGCAUUGCAACAUAACUGCUUGGGGAUCCUCGGGCAAGACAGCGACUACCUCAUCUACGAUACCUCCCCCUACUUUUCAAUUGARAAGCUCUAUUUGGACAGGCUGGUCACUGUGAUGUACUCCAGAGAAGACCUCUGCCGAGCAUUGGGUAUUACAGUGACUCACCUCCCCUUGUUUGCCUGCUUGCUUGGCAAUGACAUUGUCCCAGAAAGCUUGUUGGAAGGCUUUUGGCAUAAAUGUUUAGCCACGUGCCCCCCUAGGAAUAAAAGCUACAGCAGAAGAGCUAAUGUACUUAUUGCAGUAGCAAAUUACAUCUCAAAGAUUCCAUGCUCAUACGGCAGCCUGAAAGACUUGGAAAAGAUGCUACCCUUGGGAUCAGACAAGACGUUACUGUACAGGGGAAUGGAGUCCUAUCUUUUGCCUGGGCAGCAGUCUCCGUGGAUUCCUCACCAUGUAACAAAUACCCAGAUGUUCUCCAGUCCACAAGAAACAGCCAUGUGUCCAGAUAAGGAAAUAUAUCAGUUAGCUAAAGAACAGCACAUCCAAUCUGAAAAUUACUUAGUCUUCAAUAUCCUAAGUAAUGGAGUGACCGAGUGCAGCAACUCUUUGGAAGAUGAUUGUGACACAGAGAUUCCUGGACAGGCGCUUAUCUUCCGCCCUGCACGUCAGCAUAUUUAUUCUGUCUUGCUGGAAUCUGGAAAAGAUGGAGCCCAUCCUUUGGUGGUGAAAGAGUGGUUUGUCUAUUUUGGAAAUCCUCUACAUCAACCAGAGCUGGUACAACCUAUACAGCCCCCUGUUCCAGGUGGAACACCUAGUUUGAAAACACUGUGGUUUGCCAAAGGACCUGAUGUGGAAAAGCAGCGAUAUAGCACAUUUCUGGCAUGCUUUCACCUUCAGGACAUGAUGGAAGAGCUCCAAGCUGUGGAAGGAUCUCUUGCGGGAUUCUGCUGCUUGCUGGCAUAUCUUUUUGCGCAGGUCAACAGCCUUUCUCUGGAGGACUUAAAUGCAUUUGUGGCACUCAUUCUGUGUCUCAAAGGGAAGGCAGCUGCUCAACUGGCAGGUUUGCAGCUGGCGCAAGUGGACUCGAGGGCUGUGCAUCUUGGCGCUGUUUUGAUUCGUGGCCUUACAACUUUACUCUUCGCCAAUAGUGCCUGCGGCUUUCCCUUCAGAAUGGAGGAUUUGAUGCCAUGGAAAAUGUUUGAUGGGAAACUUUUUCAAGAAAAGUAUCAGCAGUCACACCGAGGGUGCUCUUUGGAAGAGCUUUUGGAAGGCAAUGAGUCAUUGCACGCACCCUUCCAGAAUCUCAAGUCACUUGUUUGCAAGGCUUGCAAGGCGAAGAACAGAAUAAUCCAGAGCAGACGGAGAGGGAAUGGAAUUAUCACAGGAACACAACAAAGAGAGCUCAAUCCCAGGUUCCAGCAAACACACAGGACAUCUUUUGUUCCUCCGUAUCCUAAUCAGAUGAGGGGGUUCACAUGGAGAGGCCCUCAACCUCAAGGUAGAGAAUAUAGAUGGGGACAUCCAGGGCGGAGGAGAAGAUUCGAGCUUCCUCCUCGAUGGCCCAGAUGACUACUCAUUACUGAAAGUCAAUGAAAAUGAAUAAGAAAACAAGAUAAUGAAAAUGAAUAAGAAAACAAGAUAUAUUUUUAUGAAGUGCUGUAUGCUGAAGAUCGUAAAAACUUCAUCAGUAUUUUAAGAACAGUUCUGGGAAGACUCCUCAGAAACUUAUAAUGACUCUGUUUUUAAUUAGAUUUUAGUUUGUGUCCUUUUUGUUUCUAUUCUAUUGCUUACAGAAAUAAAUGUAUGGAAUUUUAUGAAAUAGUUACUGAUUAGUUAAAGUUCUGGAUAUGUUUGUUUUGAGCCCUUUACAAAAGAACUUGUUGACACAAUUAGGAAAAUCAAUUAUAAAAUAAAUACGAUCAAAAUUAAGAGAGAAAUUGUGUGUGUCAAAGAAAACUACAGAAAUUCGAUUAAGUCAUGUGGUUCUAUUACUGAAAGUUGGUUAAAAAAAAAAAAAAAGAACCUUCUGGUAAACCUAAAGGUCAUCCUGUGCUGUGAGAGGGUGUAUAUCCAUCUGUCCUGUACAUGUAAUGAUACUUUUCUAUUACAUUGUACAGUUUGCAUUAAGUGUUCACAUUCCUUCAGGGUCAAAAAAAAAAAAUGUCCUCAGGUUUACUAUUUCCCCCAUUAUAAGCCUCAGAAAAUGAUAAAAGUGUAGCUAAAACAUUCAGUAAAUUUUCAGAUUUUUUUUGUUUUAUUGACAAAACUGCUACGGUUGUAAUGUUCAAUAGGUUAGGGGCCAUUCACAUUCAAAGCUGAAUCAAAUCCUUUUUCAGAACGUCUAGAAUUGCCCUCCAUAUGACAUUUCCUAAACAUUUAAUAUAUAUGUCAGACCUUAAAUGUGUCUUUAGCCUCAAACUAAAGGCUUUGACAUGAGCCUCUAACCAGUAUAAUUUUGGAUGAAAUUGUAAAUCAAGAGGAAACUAGGAGGCAUUUUGAUAGCGUUUUUUUUAAUGGCAGUUAUUUGAAGCACAAGGGUGAUUUCUUUUAUUUCCUCUCUCCAUUGACAUCAAUGGUGAAUCAUUCGUAAAUGUUAGUAGGAUUAUGAUUUCACUCUAUACUUGUAAGAUAGUCUUAAAGAUAGAAGUAAAUGCACAGUGUACGGGUAAGGUAGUAACAUAUUUCCUGCAUUAAUUUUCACUAUUGUAUUACUCAUCACACAGUCUUAAUUUGGA